AUGGCUUUGAGACCGAAAUCAAAACUUAAGUCGGGGUCUAAGAAAAAAUGGUCAAUAUCCCCCAGAGUUAACAACAUUUUUACUAAAGAAUUUGGCCUCACCGUAGGUAAAAGUGUGAAGCCUUUGGGAAUACUGGCAGGUAUUACUAUCUUUCUCUAUCUGUGCAGCAGUAUUUUCAGUUACAGAAACGCAUCGCGAAAACAGUAUCUACCUGAACAUGGUUAUUAUAUGAACGAAAUGCCAGCUAAGAGCUCUUUGAUAUUUCCGCCUAUCGAGCACAUGCCAGUUUUGAGGGAACUUGGUAUUGGUGGACUGUAUAACACCAGAACAGAUCUAGAAGGUAACAAAGGCUACGUAUUGAAACCAGAGGACAAGCCAUUGACAGACGAAGAGAAGAAGAAAACAACAGAUCAAGUAUUGCUGGUGAAGAAAUCUUUCUUGGAUCAUGGAAAAUGGGUUUACAAGAAGGAAACGCCCUCACCGGAAAUCGUUAUUGUUACUCUUAUUGAUUUUGAGUUAAGCGAGCUCGAAACGGUGUUCAACGUUGUUCAAAACAGGGUCGAUUAUGCUCAAAAGCAAAAGUAUGCCGUUUACAUUCGCUGGAUCCAAGAAUUUGUUCCAAUGUUGCAAAGGCAAAAUUUGCGAACUGAUUACGAGUAUGCUAAACCUCUAAUCAUGAGAGCUGCCAUGCAUGCAUUCCCCAAGGCUAAGUACCUUUUCUUCCUCGAUCACGAAUCGCUGAUAAUGAACCUGGAUAUUUCUUUGCAGCAAAACCUGUUAGAUCCCAAGACCUUAGAAAUUGCCCUAUUAAAAAAUACUCCAGUUGUUGCAGAAUCUAACAUCAGAACUUAUAACCACUUUCAAGUGAAGAAUACCAAAAUGAUUAUACCUCAGUCCCCACAAGGCUUUCUGGAUAUGUCUGCAUUUGUUGUCUCAAAUGAUCUUUACGGCAAGGCUUUCUUGGAAUUUCUCAUGGACAAAUUAUAUACUACUUACGACUGGGAAAGCUUCUCGGCAGGUGUCGGGCACCUUUUGCAAUGGCAUCCUCACAUUUUGGGCAAAACGGCCCUCGUUCAUCAAAAACUGUUAGCUGCUCCCGUUAAUCCCAACCCACCCUCUGAAGAAGAGGGAAACAAUUCAGAUAAAGAGUUAGAUCCCUAUUACUAUACAGAGGGUGACCUAGUCGUAUCACUUAAGGGAUGCAGAUUAAAAGGAACCUGUACGCAGGAUUUACGUACCUUCUACGAAAAGGUGAGAAUUCACUGA